UACCCACAAUUUGGUUGAGCAGAAAAUCUCCACAAAAAGACACCCCCAAAAAUCUGUUUUACAGUGAAUUGACUGAGGGACGGCUCUUUGAAAACCACUACAUUUAGGCUCGCCAACGGACAGUUUUUUAAUUGGCUGAGAUUAGGUGCCUCAAACUUGCGCAAUGACGUCAUGACGCCAGUCUCGUGACAGACGUCUGUUUACUUUCAGGACAACCCGUGUUGCCGGCAUGAUAUGUAUUCGUAAAUUCGUUUGAGCAACUUUCACCUGACAUAUAUAUAUUUUUUUUUUUCCUAAAUAUUUGUGUUUUUCAAAAGUGAAUACAAAACAUUCUGAGUGCAGCACGCAGUAGAACGCACAACAUGGAUGGAGCAAAACAGGCGAAAAAUUACAAAAGGUUAGUGUAUUAAUCAGCAUACAGUGGGUUUAGUUAUUACCUCCUAAAAUAAUAGCGAAUAAUAUUAAAGUCAAGAGUCGUUUAAUUAUUCGUCUAUUAGAUUUACGAUUUGCGGAGGAGUCCCUGAAGCCAUCACCCCUCUCGGUGACGCCUGCUGAAGCGCAUGCGCUGUAUUGAGUUUCCGUCCUCUCAGUGCCAGUGGGAGGCGAGAGCACGCCGCGGUCUUCCAUGAAGGUCGGCACUGUCAACUAGAAGCGGCUCCGUCGUGCCGGUAUCUCGUCAUGGACUUCCUGUUAAGCGGCGUGGCGGCGUGCGGAGCGUGUCUGGUGACCAACCCGCUGGAGGUGGUCAAGACCCGCAUGCAGCUUCAGGGUGAGCUGAAGAGUCGGGGGACCUACCAGGUUUACUACCGUAAUGUCUUCCACGCUUUCUACACCAUCGGUAAAGUGGACGGCCUGGCCGGGUUACAGAAAGGCUUGGUGCCUGGAUUGAUGUACCAGUUUUUUAUGAACGGAGUCCGCCUCGGCUCGUACGCCAUCAUCGAGUCUUCUGGUUACAUCCACACGGAUGGAAGGGUCAGUGGGGUGAAGACCGUCUUUGCUGGCGCUGCGUCAGGAGUGAUGGGAGCUGUAAUUGGCAGCCCUCUUUAUCUGAUAAAAACUCAUCUGCAGAGCCAGUCCACCUCCUCCAUUGCUGUAGGACAUCAGUACAAACACCAGGGGAUGACCCAUGCCAUGGCGGCCAUCUACAAGGAGUACGGCCUUAUGGGACUGUGGAGGGGCUCCAGUGCCGCCGUACCAAGGGUCUGCGUGGGCUCAGGUGCUCAGCUAUCAACUUUCUCCUCUGCCAAAGAGCUGGUGGUUGAUCUUCAGGUGUUUCCAAAGGACAGCUGGUUUGUUGCGCUGAGCGCGGGCAUGAUCAGCAGCGUGGUGGUGGUGCUGGCAAUGACACCUUUUGAUGUGGUUGGCACACGGCUCUACAACCAGCCGGUGGAUCAUCAGGGCAAGGGGCUGCUGUAUAAAGGAUUUGUUGACUGCUUUUCUAAGACACUGACGAAGGAGGGGCUGAUGGGACUCUACAAAGGUUUGGAAGCCUCUUAUUUCCGGAUCGGUCCUCACACCAUUCUCUCCUUGUUCUUAUGGGAGGAACUACGCAAAUUUCACCAGCAGUACAGAUAACAGGAACCAGGAAGUUGGAAUCGGUCAUUCAUUAAGCUGUGAGUCUACAAGUUAAAUGAGUUUAUAAUAUUGAGUUUAAACCAAAACCAGGGAGGUUUUUCCUACUCAUUUACCAAGGGUAGUGAUAUUUAAAAAAAAAUAGAAUACAUUAGAGGACUCUGAAAGGAAGAGAAGAGAAGGGAAAGAAAAGCAAAGAGAAGGGAAGAGAAGAGAAGAGAAGGGAAGGGAGGUAAAAAUGUAGCAUUCAGCACUUGGUGACACAACCUAUUGGAAAACAGGAAAUUAUUUAAUAUAUAUUUAUUAAAGUAUCCCUCCUAGCUGUUCAAAUGCAAUAGAUGACCUUGUAGGGGAUGUGCUACUACCGCCAACAGUUUUUCAUUCCUUGCCAACUUAUGAAGAAACCUAUUUUAUAAAAUAUCCAUCAAAGUAGUAUCUGAUGAUCACUUUUCAGGGACCACGCACUUUUGUGCCUGCAAUAAAUCCAUAAUAUGGAUGACAACUGCGAAGAGACUGAACUGGGUGUGGUCAGUGAUCCAUAUUGUCAAAGAUCGAUUAGUGCACUAACAUGUUAAGAUUGCCUUAUAUUUACAUAUAUAUAUACACCAUGUGAAUAUUGUGUGCAUCAUACUUGCCCUCGUGAGAAAGGAAUGUGUGUUGUUUAUUGGUGUUUUGGGACACAUAAAACUCCCCUUUUGAGUAAAAAAUAUUUAACUGUAUUGAUAAAAAAAAAAAGGAUGCUCGUGAUUUUCUAACCAUUCUUAGUUGGUGCUUCUAGCACUCUACAAAGUAGUGCAUCAAAAUGUUUUACUGUAAAUCAUUUGUGUGAAUGUACUGUACAACAAUUUAUUAACAGAGGAAAAACAUGUUGCUUUUUUGUAUUUUGAGUUUUGAGGGACAAGUGGUAGAAAAUGGAUGGAUGUUUUGCGAUAUUUAUUUAUGGCUCCAUGGGAUGUAUGAAGAGCAUUAUUUAGAUGUGAUCACUGUUUGUUAGUAGUACUGAAUACUAUAAACACAACCUUCUGUGUAUUAUGCAUACAUUUGAAAGACCAGGAAUUUUCUGAUUAAUUUUAAAGGGGAACUGCACUUUUUGGGGGGAAUUUAGCCCAUUAUUCACAAUCAUAAUGAAAGGCAAGACGAUGGAGAUAUAUACACACACAGAUAUGUAUGUAUGUGUGGGUGUGUGGGUGUGUGUGUGUGUGUGUACAAUGGCGCCAAUGGACACCGCUCUAUUCUGCCUAUAAAGGCACAUUUAUAGUAACAUUUAAUAUUUACGUAUUUUGCUCAUUUUAAGCAUACGGUGCGCAUUAAUUUUACAAACACAUCACAACGUUCGCUUUUUUUAAACAUCAUCACUAAUUACUACUCACUGGAGACCUCAUGAGAGCCAACAAACAUAAUAAAACAUCACUUACUGUACAAUGUCUGCUGUCAUUAGGAUGCCAACUGCUGGGAUGUUCAUAUAUUCCCAUUUAGAUGAAGAAUUACUCAUACAUUUUUUAAGAAAUGGUAGGUGGAACCAAGCGUCUUUUCGGUCGUUCUCGCUAUCAUGUCAGAUUACAUCCUCGUCCUUCUACUAUCCAGGUGAGAGGCAUGAUUUAUGAUCUCGAAUAAAGUUUAACAAGGAAGCAGCUGACCACUCGAUGAUGUCAACAUUGGAUCACUAUAUAGUUUGUCAGCUUUAGCGCUUGAAAUAACAAUUACACUAAUACUUGGUUAUUAUUCAAAUAAGGAAAUGUAAAUUGAAUAUUUGUGGCGCUUUUUGGAUGUUUUAAGGGCGGAAUAAAGGACGUUUAUUUACGAGUUAGAAUGCAUUAAAAAAAAUACAUCCGUCUUCAUGAUGAUUGUGAACGAUGGGCAAAAAUUCCAAAAAAGUACUAAUCCGUAAAAGAAAAUAUAGUGCCAUUGCUUAGCUUUGAAAUAAUUUUGAAAAAUGCAGCCUCCUUUAUAUCUGACAUUUUUACCGCACUCUUACAAACAAGUGUCAAACCUUGGAACAGUUUUGAUGACUUGAGCUCUUAAGACACCUCAGAAAUGUUACUAAUGAAAAAAGCAAUCACGGAAGUAUUUGUUACUUGACUAAUGUUACAUUUGCUGUUAUGAUUUAAGAAGUCAUUGGAGAAUGACUGCAAUUGAUGCUGUGAGACUUGUGUAGCACUUGAUGAGUUUUCAUCAGUCCGACUGUUAUUUAACCAACCAUGUUACAAGCAACAUGUUCUUUGAUUGUAAUGCAGACUACUGUGACUGAUGAGGGGUGCUAUUGUUUUUGUAUGCGAGAAACACAAAUAAAUCAUGACUUAAUACAC